GGAUCAACUAAUGUCUUGGGACAGGACCGACUUCGCUAUAAACUUCAUCAAAAUCUUGAGUCGAAUGGUCACACCAUCAUCUCUGGCACGAAGUUAUCUGACGUUACAAGCGCUAGGCGAUGCCAGGGAUCCACACCACCGUUGACGGAGAGGAUGC